CAAUGUGGUAGGAAACUCAUCGUUACCGUGAAAAGUUGUUAUUUGGCACUAUUUUGCAAAUUUGAAAGUCAAUACCGUUUCCAACAUUUGUGGAUUUAGCACUGCACCGUCAAAGGCUCAAAGCUGCUUUCUUUGCGCUCCAAAACACGCAGAAAACUGCAUUCCCUCUUUGCCACUCUGUUAUUGGAAUCUGCUCCACACUUUGCCUCUAUGGGGAGCAGCAACAGCUUGGGGAUUCAUUCUUGGUCUAUCUUAGCGCCUCAGCGGGUAAUUCUUCCGCAAAAAUCCGUACCAAAGUCCCAUUCUUUGUCCCCAACUGUCACCGUUUCUAGCAUUGCCACCAACAAGACCUGCUCUGAGAGGUACCCAAUACCAAGAGGUUGCUUGGGAUUUGCUGCAUUCACCAGAAAGGUAAAUAAGACCAUAAGAGGAUGUGCUACCAGCCCAUUUGUUGUUGCCAAUGAUGAAAAGUAUGGAAACAAGCAGAUUAUCAGUAUUACUCCACGCCUUUACGACUACAUCCUUGCCAAUGUUCGAGAGCCAGAGGUUCUACAACAACUUAGGGAGGAGACUGCCUCUAUGCGUGGUAGUCAGAUGCAGGUGUCUCCUGAUCAGGCUCAACUGCUUGCAAUGCUUGUGCAGAUUCAUGGGGCUGAAAAGUGUAUUGAAGUUGGCGUUUAUACCGGAUAUUCAUCAUUGGCUAUUGCACUGGCUCUUCCAGAAUCCGGUAGGUUAGUAGCCUGCGAAAGAGAUUACAGAAGUCUCGAGGUGGCAAAAAAGUAUUAUGAUCAAGCCAAUAUUUCCCACAAGGUGCAUGUUAAAUAUGGACUUGCAGCAGAUUCCUUGAGAUCAUUGAUUCUGAACGGUGAAGCAUGUAGCUAUGAUUUCGCAUUUGUUGACGCUGACAAGAAGAUGUACCAGGAAUACUUUGAACUGUUACUACAACUUGUGAGAGUUGGGGGUCUAAUUGUGUUCGAUAAUGUCCUCUGGCACGGAAAAGUUGCUGACCCUGAGGUAAACGAUGCCAAGACUGUCAGCAUCAGAAAUUUCAAUACAAGUAUAAUGGAGGACAAGCGUGUAAGCAUUAGUAUGGUACCCAUUGGAGAUGGCAUGACAAUCUGCCGAAAAAGGUGACCUUGUAACAGAAAGUUGAUGCAGUUCUAGACUUAAGCGACCAAUGCCAUACAUAAAUUAGUGUGUGCAGAAGUUUAGCAACAAGGAAAACGCAUGUUCAGUGUUUUCAAGAAAAGUAAAUCGAGGGAAGACGGCUACCAUGGCAUGUGGUAUGGUGGUUGAAACUGAGGAUGGAAGUUCUUACUUCAACAGGUUAGGCCUUUAGCUCAAGGCCAAACAUUCCGAAAGCAGGAAAUUUCGGUGUUUGGGAGCGGCAGAAGAGAAGGGAUUUCUAGCCAUUGGAUGCAUUACAACAUGCCAUUGUAUCUUGUUUGGUAAGGUGUUCAUGAAUCGUAUUGGAUAAUGUAUGCACAUAACGAGAAGAUAAAGUCAUGUAUUGUAUACCAGUUUAAGAAAAGCCGGGAUUGUUUCUAGA